GUCGUCGUAUGUUGCUAACGGACACAUUACAGGGACGUACUGGUUUUCGACAACACCAACAACUGAAGUGUCAUACCUGCCUCAGUCACUCUGAGCAGUGACAGCCAGCAGUCAAGCAUGAAUGUGAACCAGGGGACGGUGGGCAGCGACCCGGUCAUUCUGGCCACGGCUGGAUACGACCACACUGUCCGCUUCUGGCAGGCUCACAGCGGGAUCUGCACCAGGACUGUCCAGCACCAGGACUCUCAAGUAAAUUCACUUGAGGUCACACCUGACAGGAGUAUGAUCGCAGCUGCAGGUUAUCAGCACAUCCGCAUGUACGAUCUGAACUCCAACAACCCCAACCCGGUGAUCAACUACGACGGUGUCAGCAAGAACAUCACAUCCGUGGGCUUCCAUGAAGACGGGCGCUGGAUGUACACAGGAGGAGAGGACUGCAUGGCUCGCAUAUGGGACCUGAGGUCCAGAAACCUGCAGUGCCAGAGGAUAUUCCAGGUUAAUGCUCCUAUCAACUGUGUCUGCCUGCAUCCCAACCAGGCAGAGCUGAUUGUUGGAGACCAGAGUGGAGUGAUUCACAUCUGGGAUCUGAAGACGGACCACAAUGAGCAGCUGAUUCCUGAGCCAGAAGUCUCAGUCAACUCCGUUCACAUUGACCCAGAUGCCAGUUACAUGGCAGCGGUCAACAGCUCGGGGAACUGUUAUGUGUGGAACCUCGCUGGAGGCAUCGGAGAUGAGGUGACUCAGCUCAUCCCCAAGACUAAGAUCCCUGCACACAAACGCUACUCCCUCCGCUGCAAGUUCAGCCCCGAUUCCACUCUGCUGGCCACCUGCUCAGCAGACCAGACCUGUAAGAUCUGGAGGACGUCCAACUUCUCCCUGAUGACAGAGCUGAGCAUUAAGAGCAACAAUCCCGGAGAGACGUCCAGAGGCUGGAUGUGGGACUGUGCUUUCUCUGGAGACUCCCAGUAUAUUGUGACUGCCUCCUCAGACAACCUGGCCCGGCUGUGGUGCGUGGAGACCGGGGAGAUCAAGAGGGAAUACAGCGGCCACCAGAAAGCCGUGGUGUGUCUGGCCUUCAAUGACAGUGUGCUGGGCUGAGGAAGAAGAAGAGGAGGAGGAGGAAAGAAAUGAAGAGACAGGAGUUGGCAGAUGGUCUGUGGAGAGGUGGGACAAGGACAGAAAAGAAAUGGACACUUUGGGAAAUGUGCCUCAAUUGGGAAUUGAGUAUUAUUUCCCCAGAAAUGAUCAUCUUGAGAAGGUGGAGGCGCAUGUUUGAACACAACGAUGAAUCUCAGCUGUGUGUGGUACCCGUAAGUAUUCAGCUGAGCAGCAAGGCCAAAAUAUGAACUCAUAAAUCCAGCUUAAAGGGCCAAGUACACCACAUGUAAGCAAAUUGGCACAAGUUUGAUUACAGCAUAUGUCAGUGUCCAUCAAUGACCCUUUAUGUUUUUAACGCCAUCACUCUGUGCACAACAGGAGAUUCUUUACAACUCUUUGUUUUUAUAGUGCACCAUAUUUAUUGUAUUGAAAGGACCACAUGUCUUGUCGACCUGGAUGUGCUGCGGAAUUGAUAUCUCUCCUGUGUAUGUGUAAUU